ACACACAUUCGAACACGCAACACUUCAUACCAAUGGCAGAAGCUUCCAACUUCCUGGCAACUCAAAGGAUUAUACUGGUUUGUUAUUGUUAUCGGUUGAAGGAACGCGAUAAAUCUUAACACAUGCGCAUAAAUGUUCUCCGUGGCUGAAGCGAAAACGGAUUAAUCGCGAUUGGAAUUACUAAUCCGUGAUGGUUGUCGCGGUAUGUCUGACUUUAGAAGAAGAUUAAGCAAGUACACCGUAUGUGUAGUUAUAUCGGGAUAGCUAGGGUUACAAUUACUGGGCUUUGACCUAGUGGUCCCUAAGAGCACCCCUUAUGGGUGGACUCUAUUUUCUACAUCGGCGAUGACAGAUUUGAACAGGAUUGCAGUUGUGACUGUAGCCAACAAAGGAAUAGGACUAGAAAUAUGUAGACAGCUAGCUUCAAAGGGGAUAGUGGUGAUCUUAACAGCAAGAGAUGAGAAGAAAGGAGCAGAAGCUAUUGAUAUACUAAAGGAGUGUGGCCUCUCUGAUUAUGUUAUUUUUCAUAAGCUUGAUGUGACUGACCCUUCUACUAUUGCACAACUCAAAGAUUUCAUCAAGGCCAGAUUUGGCAAGCUUGAUAUCUUGGUGAAUAAUGCAGCAGUUGUUGGAGUGCCUAUGGAUAAAGAUGUUACAAUUACAAGUCCAAAACAAGACCUAUUCGUUGAGAAGCUAAAGGUAGCAACUCAAACUUAUGAUGUAGCUGAAGAAUGUCUACAAACAAACUACUAUGGGGCAAAAUGGAUGAUUCAAGAAUUAUUACCUCUACUUCAAAUUUCUGAUUCACCUCGCAUUGUCAAUGUCUCCUCCUUUGCUGGAAAGUUAGAGCAUGUACGCAAUGAAUGGGCUGUAGGAGUGUUAUGUGAUGCUGAGAAUCUAACUGAAGACAGAGUGGAUGAGGUUUUGAAUGCUUUUUUGCAAGAUUUAAAGGAGGGUUUGAUGGAAACUAAAAACUGGCCUCUGAUUUUUCCUGCAUAUACACUAUCAAAAGCAGCAAUGAAUUCUUACACAAGAAUAUUGGCCAAAAAAUACCCAAGUUUUUACAUCAACUGUGUUUGUCCAGGCUAUGUCAAGACUGAUAUGACUAUCAAUUGUGGCAAAUUGAGUGUUGAAGAGGGUGCUGAAAGUCCUGUUUGGAUUGCUCUUUUACCCGAGGAAGGUCCAUCAGGAAAAUACUUCAAUAGGAAAGAGCAACAAAGGACCUUCAUACAGAUGAGGACGAAUCUGAAACUGGUAGACAAUUCAGGUGCAAAGAGAGUGAUGUGCAUCCAAGCACUGAAGGGCAAGAAAGGAGCAAGAUUAGGAGAUACAAUAGUUUGCUCAGUGAAGGAAGCUCAGCCAGGUGGGAAAGUGAAGAAAGGAGAUGUUCAUUAUGGUGUUGUCGUUCGUGCUGCUAUGCCAAGGGGCCGCUGUGAUGGGAGCGAAGUAAAGUUUGACGACAAUACUGUAGUGCUUAUCAACAAGCACGGUGAACCAAUUGGAACCAGAGUUUUGGGUCCAGUGCCCCAUGGGUUGAGGAAAAAGAAGCAUGUUAAAAUUCUUAAUCUUGCAGAGCAUAUCGCCUAAGGUCAUAACCUCUUGCU